AUGCGCCACCUCGCCCAGCAAAUCAGCCUCCUCCGCGCCGACGCCCCCACCCCGCGCGAGCUCCGCCGCCGCAGCAUCGUCCAGGCCCUCGUCAUUUUCCCUUGCCCCCUCGUCCAGCUCGCCUGGAUGUAUCCCCUGACCGAGCACCGCUACGGCCUCAUGACCCUCUCCGGCUGCCGGUGGCUUCCCGCCGACGCUUGGCCCUUUACCGUCUUCUUCAUCAUCAUGCACCCCCUCUACGCUUUAGGGGCCCUCUACUACGCCAUCGUCGUCUGGUACCGCUACCGCCAAAUCGCCGCAACCGCCACCGCCGUCCUCGCCACCUCCAACAGCGCCGCCAGCAACCGUGCCCGCCGCGCCCGCCGCCGCCUCUACUUCAUGACCCUCUCCAUCCUCGCCCCCUACUUCCCCGUCUGCACCCUCUUCGCCGCCCACAACAUGCUCAACUACGGCUCCUUUGCGCCCCUCGACGUCCCCGCCCUGCGCGCCGGCCGCGUCGACAACGUCCCCUGGAACACCAUCUUCCUCGCCCCGACCUCUUCCAUGGAUUUCGGCUCCCUCGUCGACCGCUACAUCGCCAUCAUCACCGCCUUCCCCGUCUUCCUCUUCUUCGGCCUCACCAAAGACGCCAUCAACACCUAUCGUCGCGCCGCCCUCGUCCUCGGUCUUGGCUGCCUCUUCCCCUGCUUGCGCGAAGAGUACGACCCGGACCGGCGCUACUUUCCCACCCACGGCGGCCCCUCUGCCUCCUCUCACAUCCUCGCCACCUCGGAGACGACACAGUCCGCCCACGCACCCGCUCACACACCCGCCUCUAGCCCUCUCGCGUCGGUCCUACGCUCCGCAUUCCACCGCAAGGGAGCUCCGUACCCGGUCCGCACCGAGACCCAGACCGAGACCGACGCAUCGCCCGUCGCGCCGGCGGCCGGAAAUGCCGUGCCGUGUACCUAUCUUCCCCAGAUCCCCAUCGGCGUCGUCGAAACUCGUGUGUGGAGCACCGAGGAUGAUGCGUCCCACGCGCGGGACUGGGUGGCUGCGAAGCCUGGCGCUUAG